CUAAAAUAUUCAUAUUCCAAAAGAAAAGUAAUAGUUUAAUUCACCCGUUUGUUUCAAUCCCUAAAUAUACAGCCAUUUUUAAACAUCUGAUGAACAAUUUUUUUGACUAUUAAGGCUAAUUGAUCAGUUUUACUUACACCGACCCAGAAACAAUUAAAAGAACACUUCAACAACAAAACAACAGAAAUUCUUGAAAAUUUGUCACCAAACCGAGAUUCUCGAACUUUUCAGCAAUAGCUUCAAGAUCUUUCGGCGGUUCGUUAAAUUAGAUGCUGGAAAAUUAAGCGUCAAUCUCAAAAAUAGCACAAGGGUUUUGAAAUUUUAGACACAUACGCGAUGAAUAUUAGAUUUUUUAGCCUGGCGUAGUAAUCAUGUCGAGGGGAAUGCUUCUCAUUGUUCUGAUGCUGAUACUGAUUAUAACUUCUCAAUUUGAAUGGAGGCAACAGCUUGGGGGCGACGUGGAUACGAGUCCAAGGGAGUCUCAGAAACAGCCACAAAUUUCUAAAAGAGAAGAAGUUGUCAAAGAGAAGAUUAUCUUGUCUCAAGAGAAGAACAUCCAGAGACUCAAUGAGCUCGUGCAGAGUCUUAAGGAACAAUUACAUCUGUGCCAGUGUACUAACGAGACCAUUAAUGGCACUGUUAGCUCAAUGACCGAAAACAUCAUUGAGCUUGAGCAACAACAAAUUCUGGAGGACUAAACGUUGACCUUGAAGUUAUUGUCAUCAUCAAGGCUUCGUACAUCUUCUGUUUUGUCGUUAUCUUUCGCUUUGUUGUAAUACCCUUCGAUUUCUUGCUGUUUGAUGCUAAACGAAGACAAUUCUUGUACUAAAGUCUCUGCAACUGUGUGUUAAUAGUUGCGAUUAGUAAAAUGCUGUUGAUUCCUAUGCC